GAAUCCUCCCGCUGCAGCGUCCCAGGAGCCCGCCCCUCGCCCGCCGCCUCCCCCGCGCCCCGGCCCCGCGCAGCCGCCGCGCUCCUACGCGCCGAGGUCCGAGGUUCGCGAGAUGAAGGUCUGGCUGCUGCUCGGUCUACUGCUGGUGCACGAAGCGCUGGAGGAUGUUACUGGCCAACACCUUCCCAAGAACAAGCGUCCAAAGGAACCAGGGGAGAAUAGAAUCAAACCUACCAACAAGAAGGUGAAGCCCAAAAUUCCUAAAAUAAAGGACAGGGACUCAGCCGAUUCAACACCAAAGACGCAGUCUAUCAUGAUGCAGGUGCUGGAUAAAGGUCGCUUCCAGAAACCCGCCGCUACCCUGAGUCUGCUGGCGGGGCAAAGUGUAGAGCUUCGAUGUAAGGGGAGUAGAAUUGGAUGGAGCUACCCUGCAUAUCUUGACACCUUUAAGGACUCUCGCAUCAGUGUCAAGCAGAAUGAGCGCUACGGCCAGUUGACUCUGGUCAACUCUACCUCGGCGGACACGGGUGAAUUCAGCUGCUGGGGGCAGCUCUGCAGCGGCUACAUCUGCAGGAAGGAUGAGACCAAAACAGGCUCCACCUACAUCUUUUUCACAGAGAAAGGAGAACUCUUUGUGCCUUCUCCCAGCUACUUCGAUGUUGUCUACUUGAACCCGGACAGACAGGCUGUGGUUCCUUGUCGGGUGACUGUGCUGUCGGCCAAAGUCACGCUCCACAGGGAAUUCCCAGCCAAGGAGAUCCCAGCCAAUGGAACGGACGUUGUUUAUGACAUGAAGCGGGGCUUUGUGUAUCUGCAACCUCAUUCCGAGCACCAGGGCGUGGUUUACUGCAGGGCGGAGGCCGGGGGCAGAUCUCAGAUCUCCGUCAAAUACCAGCUGCUCUACGUGGCAGUUCCCAGUGGCCCUCCCUCAACAACCAUCUUGGCCUCUUCAAACAAAGUGAAAAGUGGGGACGACGUCAGUGUGCUCUGCACUGUCCUGGGGGAGCCCGACGUGGAGGUGGAAUUCACGUGGAUCUUCCCAGGGCAGAAGGAUGAAAGGCCUGUGACGAUCCAAGACACUUGGAGGCUGAUCCACAGAGGACUGGGACACACCACGAGACUCUCCCAGAGCGUCAUUACAGUGGAAGACUUUGAGACCAUUGAUGCAGGAUAUUACAUUUGCACUGCUCAGAAUCUUCAAGGACAGACCACAGUAGCUACCACUGUUGAGUUUUCCUGACUUGGAAAAGGAAGUGUAAUGAACUUAUGGAAAGCCCAUUUGUGUAUACAGUCAGCUUUGGGGUACUUUUUAUUAGUGCUUUGCCAGAGGCUGACGUCAAGCACCAAACCCCAACCCCAGCAUCUUGAGUCCGACCCUGACAUCCAAACUAAAAGGAAGUCAUCCAGUCUAUUCACAGAAGUGUUAACUUUUCUAACAGAAAGCAUGUAUUUUGAUUGCUUACCUACAUACGUGUUCCUAGUUUUUAUACAUGUGUAAACAAUUUUAUAUACUCAUUUCUAUUAAAUGAACAAGUUUUUGUAAAGAAUACAAAGUGGGAUAAGUGUU